AUGGCGCCCCCCGGCCCCUCCAAGUCGCCGGCCGCUCGACCGAGCACGAUACGAGCGCCGUCAUUCACUCGCCAGAGUGAAGACAGCGACCCUCUAAGAGUACCGAAACGAGCCCAAACAUUCCAGAAUGGCACCACUCCCGACCCGUUGGUCACGCCGGCCGUCUCCAGCAAGUCGAAACCAGCAGAUGAAUCCGAUGCCCCAGAUGCCUUCGAGACGAGACCUUCUAUGGAUAACGACGACGGAUUUGAUGGAAGAGGAUCUGUGGAUCUGGGCGAACUGCCAAUCGAGCUGGUGAGCUUGACCGACAGCUUCGUUGAAUCUCUUACCACUAAAACUCACCCUACGCCGCUUAACAUCGACGACGUUUCGCAGCUAUUCCAAGAUUUUUACCAAGUCGCAUCAACCCACAUCAACACGCACAUCUCUGCCCUGGUCUAUCGGCAUAAUCGGGAUGCUUCGCCUGCCCCCUCCACGUCAUCCAAGGUCUCCACAGCCAGUAGGCUUCGAGCCAAGGCAGCGUCCAUCGGCAGCAAAGACAAACCUAAAGUUCUUCCUAAAGCGGAGCCAGAGCAACAGAUGAUCACCGCAGAGGAGCUCGCGAACAAGAAGAAGGCACGGAAAGCGAUCGAGGCUAAACGCGGGAUUAUCGAGGAAGCAGUCGAAAGAAGAUUAUGUGAAGGCAUAUAUCAGAAGAUAUAUCGUCACAAGAGUACUCAAGAUGAAGCACAAGACGCUAAGCUGCGAUCUAAGACGGCAGCGCUCGCGUUAGUCGGCAUCGGUCCCGCCGACCUGGGGAUUGACCUUGGUGAAGACAAGUCGCAAUCUCCUGAGGCAGUUGCUGAAAAGGCAGAGGAGAUCAAGAAAUGGCUUGAGCAAGCCAGAAGAGACCUGGUUCUCAUGAAUGAGAAGCGGUAUCCUCUCGGCAAGCUACACCACUUGAAGGCGGCUCACAAGAGUAUUGUGGAAACACUGGCACAUUUUCACCCUUCUGCUUCUGCAGAUGAGAUUAUGCCAAUGCUCAUUUACACGCUCAUUACACUUCCCCCUGAGCACUUAAACGUUAUCAGCGACUUACGCUUCAUCCAGUAUUUUAGGUGGGAGACGAAGUUGACCGGGGAAGCCGCCUAUUGCCUAACGAAUCUGGAGGCGGCUAUCAGCUUCCUGGAAACGGUUGAUCUCUCUACGUUGAGGGCGGACGAGCUGCCCCAAGGACCUGCCAGAGGACCGAGCCAGCCAGGAACCCCCCGCGCGGACACGUUUCCUCCGGCGUUCCCGCCCGGAUUGACGGUAACAGCGGACACCACGGUGGAGACCAAUAUUGGCAACGCAACCCCAACUAAACCACCACCGUCACCCUCGGCUUCAUCCGGGCUCCGUGCUGCAGUUCAAGCUCGAAAUAGGAGACUGAGUGAACUAGUCAACACGCCUGCUCAGGCCAUAGGAGCCGCUAGUGAUGCUGUGCUCAACACUGCCGAUCAGCAUCUGAAGACUAUAUCGACCAGUCUGGGUGACAGCUACAAAUUUCUUGUCGGCAAACUGCGCGAGUCUCAAGGCUCGCCGACUGAAUCCGGUGAAGGUCUCGUGGUGCCAAAAACACUAGAUGAUGCUAGAAAAUUGGUCAGCACACCGCCCCCCGAGGAAGAGGGCUCAGUUAGCGGUGCUAGUUCCGUCCACAUCGCGGAGGAGGUCGAUAACACUCGUCGGGCCCUUGUGCAAGAUGACAAAGUGUUGAAUCUUAUUGGCGGUCGCAAGCCUAGCAGAGACCGCAGCGUCGACAGUUCCCGCAGCGCGAGCAGUUCCAAGAAAGCCGUGGUUUCAAAAGAAGGAGAGGAGAAGGUUCCGCCUACGCCAUCUACGGCUCCCAUCUCGAACCCUCUCGACUCUGUGCGCAACUUUGGCAAUUCGUUUUCCAGAUUCUCUGGUAUGAGUAUGAUUCGUGGGCUAAGCAGGACUGCAUCUACUCCAGUUAUUGCUAAAGAUACACCUACAAAAGAUGUUCCAGCCAAGGCCGCCGAUGGCGGCGAUCUGGCAACGGUAUGUUCCCUCUGGCAGGCUUUCCCAGACAUUGCAGCAGCUCUGCCCCCUAAACAAGCGCCCAAAGUUCAGCCGCCUAAUAAAAGAUUUAUGGAGCUGCAGAACCCGGGUGACCUUAGGUUGAACGAGGUGCUCGAGCUGUUGCGUGACUAUAGAAGACUUGCCAACACAUUAAAGGAUAUGGGGGCUUUUGAAGGAACGAAAUGA